CAACAGGUGCACAUUCCCCGGCGGCUCGUCACUUCCCCUGCACUUGGCAGUCCCGGCGCCUCUCCGAUCGAACUGACUGAGCGACCCGGCCAGGCUAUGACCCCAGAGGCGCUGCCACCGCUGCUGCUGCUGGUGCUGGGGGUGCUGGGGGCGCCCCUCGCGCCGGGUGCCAGUGGUUCGGAGGCAGAGGGCAGACUCCGCCAGAAGCUUUUCUCGGGCUACGACAGCUCGGUGCGCCCAGCGCGGGAGGUGGGCGACCGCGUCGGGGUCAGCAUCGGCCUCAUUUUGGCGCAGCUCAUCAGCCUGAACGAGAAGGAUGAAGAGAUGAGCACAAAGGUGUACUUAGAUCUGGAAUGGGCUGACUACAGGCUGAGCUGGGACCCCACGGAAUACGAUGGCAUCGAGCUACUGCGCAUCACUGCCUCGUCGGUGUGGCUGCCGGACGUGGUGCUGCUCAACAACAACGACGGGAACUUUGAUGUGGCUUUGGACAUGAAUGUGGUGGUGUCCUCCAAUGGGUCGGUGCAUUGGCAGCCACCAGGCAUUUACCGCAGCAGUUGCAGCAUCCAGGUCACCUACUUCCCCUUUGACUGGCAGAACUGCACCAUGGUGUUCAGUUCCUACAGCUACGACAGCUCCGAAGUCAGCUUGCACACGGGCCUGGGGCCUGAUGGGCAAGAGCGGCAGGAAAUCUACAUCCACGAGGGCACCUUCAUUGAGAAUGGCCAGUGGGAGAUUAUCCACAAACCCUCUCGGCUAAUCCAGCCUCCAGGGGUUCCUCCCGGAGGGAAGGAAGGACAGCGCCAGGAAGUCAUCUUCUACCUCAUCAUCCGCCGGAAGCCCCUCUUCUACCUGGUUAAUGUCAUUGCCCCAUGCAUCCUCAUCACGGUCCUGGCCAUCUUCGUCUUCUACCUGCCGCCAGAUGCAGGAGAGAAGAUGGGGCUGUCGAUCUUUGCUCUGCUGACACUCACCGUGUUCCUGCUGCUGCUGGCGGACAAAGUGCCCGAGACCUCACUGGCGGUGCCCAUCAUCAUCAAGUACCUCAUGUUCACCAUGAUCCUUGUUACUUUCUCCGUCAUCUUCAGUGUCGUGGUCCUCAACCUGCACCACCGCUCACCUCACACCCACCAAAUGCCCCCGUGGGUCCGGCAGAUCUUCAUCCACAAGCUCCCUCUCUACCUGGGUCUGAAGAGGCCCAAACCUGAGAGAGAUCAGAUGCCCGAGCCCCUUCAUUCUUCUCCUCCAGGAAUUGGCUGGGGCCGGGGGACAGAUGAAUAUUUCAUCCGGAAGCCACCCAAGGAUUUUCUCUUCCCGAAACUCAACAGGUUUCAACCAGAACUAUCAGCCUUGGACCUCCAGCGUUUUCUCGAUGGUCCAAACCGGGCUGUACGCUUACCUCCAGAGCUGCGGGAGGUCGUUUCCUCCAUCGGCUACAUCGCUCGACAGCUGCAGCAACAGGAGGACCACGAUGCGCUGAAGGAGGACUGGCAGUUUGUGGCCAUGGUCGUGGACCGCCUCUUCCUAUGGACCUUCAUCAUUUUCACAAGCGUCGGGACCCUGGUCAUCUUCCUGGACGCCACCUACCACCUGCCUCCUGCCGACCCUUUUCCUCGGUGACAGCUGAACCGAGUGGGUGGUCGUCUAAAACGCUGGCCUUCUCUGCCUCUGGCUUUGACCUUGGGAACCCAGUCCUCUUGGUUUGUCAGCUUAUUUCUGCUUUGGGUUCUUGAAGAAGCUCUUUUGGAAGUCAACCCCUGGGUCCCCAAUGAAAUCCAUUAUUGGAAACCUCAUGAGGGUGAGACAUGGGUGUUUGUGCACCACAACAUGCCCGGGUCCUUAGGAUUUAGCAAAUGAAUAGGGCAAAUAACUUUGGGAGGAAAUAACAGCCAUCAGGAUUACUUAAGUUUGAUUGUUGGGGCUAGUGGUCAUUUU